GAGUGGGACCACCAGGAGACCCGUGGAUCCUGAGACUCUGAGCGGCACCACCAUGGAGCCAAGCGUUCACGCUCUGGAACUGUCAGGGGUCUUCUUCUCGGUGGGGGCCUGGCUCUGCUCUUUGGCCACCACCCUGAUGUCCACCUGGCUCACCCUCUCCACCAACCUGCUCCCCACAGAGAGCUACGAGCUGGGGCUGUGGGAGACCUGCGUGGUGCAGGACCUCGGGACGCUGGAGUGUCGGCCCUACGACGGCCUCCUGGGCCUGCCGCCGGACAUCAAACUGGCCCGGAUCCUCAUGUGCGCGGCCCUGGGCACCGGGCUGCUGGGACUCCUGCUGGCCAUCCCCGGCAUGCACGUGGUCAACAGCUGCCACGGCAGCCUGGAGGACCUCCAGUGCAAGAGGGCGAUGAAGAUGGCAGGGGGGGCGCUGGGCCUGGUGGCCGGGAUUCUGGUGCUCAUCCCGAUCUCGUACACCGCCCACCUCACGGUCAUUCGCUUCUUCGACGAGUCGGUGCCGGAGGUGGUGCCGCGCUGGGAGUUCGGGGACGCUCUGUUCUGCGGCUGGACGGCGGGAGUUCUUCACCUGGUGGCGGGAACUCUGCUGCUGACUUCCUGUUUGUGUCUGCAGAAGGAAAACUGUAACACACCUGUCCCCAUUCCUCUAGCGAGGAUCCGCCCGGGACGGCCCCCUAUGAGGACCAGAUCUGAGUACGUCUGAGGCUGCUUCCCGAGUCAGUUUCACAUCUGUUCUCCCGCAAACUCGUUUCAUCUGCUUCAGCUCGGCGGGGUCUGGUGCUCCAGAAGAGAAAAUGACUGCAAUAAAGCUGUUUGUUUCCUCGAUCAGUUUCAGGUUUAGACACAUCAAAUUCUCAGUCUGAACCUGAAAAAUUUAUUGCAGGAUUGUUCCGUCUGCGUCAAACAUGUUUGAGAGAAAAGUGUUUUUCAGCACAAUCAGGUUCAGGGUUUUGGUUCUGGUCUGUGAAGAGAGCAAAGCUGCAAUUA